AAAACACAACAUAUGCUGGUAUGACCAGCAUGGGAUGCUGGUGCUAAUGCUGGUUUAGCUGGUGCUAAUGCUGGUUUGUUGCUGGUUUAGCUGGUGCUAAUGCUGGUCCUGAUGCUGGUUUAAUGCUGGUUUAGCUGGUGUUCACUAGCAAACCAGCACCAAAACACAACAUAUGCUGGUCUUGCUGGUAUGCUGGUUUUUUCAGCAGGGAUGUUAAGUUUUUAUUUAAAAGUGUGUUUACUUUCACGCAACCACACCUUUAAUAAUAUUGACUAUAUACUUUGACUCACAUGGAGUCAUAUAGAUAACACAUAUUUGACAUAGUAACUAUUAUAGCGGUUUUUCCAUUAUACAAUUAGAGGUAUUAACAUAAUGUAUGUUACUGGAAACCAAAGCUGAAUUUCUUGUUACUCCUCCCUUAUGAAAGCUACAGCUCCACUCCCAUUUGCCUGCUACCAAAGUAAUCCUCACCAUAUGCGACAAAGGUCUACAAAAGAAAAAGCUUGAACCAGAGGACAGCAAGACGACAACAGAAAAUGGAUCCCAGCUGGAAUUCAUCAGAGAAGUCAGGCAUUGCGCAGCCCGCACCUCCACCAUACCAGGCAAACCAAGGAUACCCUAAUGCUGGAUAUCCACCCCAGCAAUAUGGACCUCCAGGUGGCCAACCAAUCCCACAGGCCCAAUAUCCAGGACAGCCUCCGAUCACUGUACAGCCGACAGUUUAUGUGGGCCCCACUCCACUGGCAAAUCCACUGCCGGAUUACCUGGGUUACUCCAUCUUUACCAUGCUGUGCUGCUGUUUACCACUGGGCAUUGCUGCUCUGAUUCACUCCAUGUCUACUCGAAAUGCCAACAUGUCUGGACAACAACAAUUAGCGGAGAAAAGCUCCAGAAUGGCACGCAUACUUAAUCACACUGCUGUUGGUUUGGGUAUCACUUUCAUUAUAGUGUAUAUCAUCAUUAUCAUUGUCUACGUUCGGGUUGCACAUGAUUGAAUUAAGUUUACUUAAAAUGAUUUUUCUUGUUGGAUCUACAUAAUUUAAUUAUGUACACCAGUUCAACAUGAUUGAAUCGGGUUUUCUUAAAACUAAAUUAAUUUAAAUUUAUGUUAAUUUCAUUUUAAGAGAACCUAUAAUUGAAUCAAGUUCAACCGAUGUCCAGAAGUUUUUUUUUCAGUGUAUAAAGUGAUAUAGCGAUCAAUGCAGUGUUGAAUAUGAUUUUAAUAAAAUGUUUGAUAUUCUGCUUUUAAAUGUAAAAGCUUUAUGUACAAUGGUGACUUUGUUUAUGCUAAACAUCAAUGGGCGGUGCCAUGCAUAUAACUAUUAAUGACAUGUUGACUCAUAUUGACUUGAUUAAUUCAUUGGUUUAUUUUUUUACUUAAUUAAAAAUAAUUAUUUGACUUUUUGUUGUGCUUUAACAGAAUUAAACUUUCAGGGUUAAUGAGACAUUUCUUAAAUUUUAUGAGUUUGGUGAACAAAAUAUAAAUGCAUUUACCAUUUGCAGUAUAUUUUCAUUAUAACAAGCUAUAACCAUGUAACUGGUUUAUAGUCUAAUAUUAUAAUAUCCUGUGCCAGACAUUUUAUCCUACUAUUCUGUAUGUGCCGUGUGCAUUAAUGAGAACAAUAAAAUCUCCAGUAAUCAUCAA